AUGGGGUGCUGCCCAGGGGACUGCUUCGCCUGCUGUGCUGAAGAGCAAGACUGCUGUGAAGUGUGCUGCUGCCAGCCCUCCUGCUGCGGCUGCUGUGGUUCCUGCUGCGGCUCCUGCUGUGGCUGUGGCUCGGGCUGUGGAGGCUGCGGGGGCAGCUGCUGCGGGUCCUCCUGCAGCGGAUCUGGCUGCGGGGGCAGCGGGGGCUGCGGAGGUUGCGGGGGCUGCUGCGGGAGCUGCUGCGGAUCCAGUUGCUGCGGCUCCUCUGGGUGCUGCGGCCCCGUGUGCUGCCAGCCCACGCCUGUCUGCGAGACCAAAUGA